CUGAAAGCAUUCAAACAGCAGAAUAAUAUAUGUGACAUUUCACGCAAAAAUGAGAAUAACAAUAAUUGUACCAUUACAAUUACUUCUAUUAUUUUCAAUAAGUGUCAUCAGAGGAUACGUGUUUCCUGACGAUUUCAAAAUAUGUAAAUCUAUUGACCCAAAUUUGGACGGAUGCCUUGCAGAAUCCAUUCAAGAUGCUUUGUUCAAAUUGGCAAAUCCAGGAAUACACUCGCCAAUCAAUUUGACGAUCAGCAAAGUGACUUUUCCCUAUUUCCUCUUCACUCCUGAUGAUUCAGAACAGAAUACUACCAUCGAAUGUUUUAACUUGACAUACCCAGAUCUGUGGCAAGCUCGGGUGAAAAAUGUGAGUGUAGACCUAUGCAAUCCAGCACUCGACUUCACGACGAACAGUGCGGAAAUAACUGCUUUUAUACAACGAUUCAAAAUGUUAGGAAAAAUUAACCAGCAAGGAAAACCAGAGCCCAAGCAAGGAGACGGUGCUGCCAUUAUAAGAUAUUAUAAUGUGACUAUGAAGCACUCGCUCAAAUUCAAGCUCACAGAAAAGGACAACGAAAAAUAUCUGGACGUUACGUCCUACAACGUCAAAAUAUCAAUUUCCAGAUCAACAAUUUUCUUCGGUGACGUUGUGGAAGACAACGUUGCACUAGAAGAAGAUGCUCUGGCCAAGAUGGACCACCAGGAUGUGACCUUGGAAGGAAAUCAAAAGAAGAGAUUCCAAACUUUUGGUGCGCUCAUGUUCAGGGGGUUCGCAGGACAGCUCAUCAACAGUGUCCCUAUGGAUAGGAUAAUAACCGACUGGAGCAAAGCAUGUGUCAAUUCGACUUCUUGAAAGGAUAUCGAAAGUCCAAAAUAUAUUUCUCGAUACUAGCUAUAUAAUCUACCAUUAUUAAUUCCUAUUCAAAGAGUAAAGUGUGUUUACCCUACCAAGAGAGUUCACGCCAUUUUAUGAGCUACACAGUGAAAAAACGCUUCGAGUUAAAUUCGGAGAGUUUGUUU